AUUGACAAAGAUAACGGGAAUGUUAGGUUCUCCUUGUUGCCUCGGAUGCCGACGACUUCUCCGGAGUAGCUAGCUUCCGAUGAUGAACGCUUUCAAAUUUGUAACCGUCACUUCCGAUGACGCACUUGACGAACUAAAGAAGUGGAGGAAUCAAGAACCUUACCGAGAAGAUGCUUGAGAGCCCAAGCUAUACAGGGCUGGUCAAGAAAGAGGUACAGUGUCCACAAUAAUAUAUGAUCAUCUCGAUAAAUAGUUUGCUUGAUUUUCAAAUUGUAUCUUAGAAAACUGCAACAGUCGAGUUUUUUUAAAUAUUGACUUACAACUACACUUAAGUUUCACAACCAGCUAAACAUAACGCAAACUUACACUGCAUGUUUUUAAAAAUUAGCAUCGAUUCUAUAAAUGGACAGACCCAACACAUAAGAAACUCAUACAGACAAUGCAACAAAUGGGCCCACGUGAAUUUAGUGAAAGGAAGAAAACUAAAAUUACCUCACCAACACAAUUAUCCCCCAAUGGCCCUGCUACCAAGCUAACAUGCAUAGCCUAACUUCAUAAUAAUAAUCCCAUUUCUUUCGUCUCACCUCCUUCACAGAUUCAAGCUUACUAGCAUACAAAGCACUUUCUAUGCUACACCCAAUAAAUCUACAACCCACACAUAAUACAAAUAUUAAAACCAUACAACCAACCCUGAAGAUAUAUAAACACGAUACAUGUUUUACGUUCACUAAUACAAACACAGAGAAACCACAUAUUAUGUAGGAGUUAAAUGGAUCAAAAGAAAACAAUUUUGAACUCAUUAGAAAAUAAAACAUACGAAUCACCACCGAAUGGAUCAAAAAACAAUUUUACAUUCAUUAGAGAAUAAAAUAUACGAACCGGCGCGUAGCGCCGGGAUACCACUAGUGUCUAAUAUUCCCAAGAACCAAAAAUAAUUUUGAAAUAGCUUUCCUCCCCAUGCUUGUCCUGAGCACUUGAUUCCCGAAACCAAACCGAAGUGAACCGAACGUAGGGAGUUAAAUUUCAAGAAACCGGAAAAUAAAUAAAGUUCCGUUUUCGCUAAUGAACCGACAUAAUCUCAAUAUGGUUUGCGUCUAUGUCCGUGCAUUAGGGUUUUUACAUGUUAAGAAUGGCAUAAAAGGACAAGAUGAUUUGGAGGGCUAGCGGAGAGAACAUGAUCACUACCGAUGGAGCUAGUAAGAUGGAGGCUUUGCAUCCAGCGGCGAAGAUUUUGGUCGAGCUUUCCAUAUCCCAGGAUUCGGCUGCCACAGAUCGGACCAGGACGGUGUCACUAUCGACAUUGUUUUUUGGUCGAGCUUUCUAUUUUGAAAACCUAUUUUUUCAUUAUUUUAUCUUCUUCAGAAAAUGAUUAACCAUUGAAAAACUAUACUAACUUAUAUUUAUUAUUGACACACUAAAGAAUGUCACAAUAUACUGAAACUGAGAGAAAAAAAUGUAAGAAGUAUAUACUGAAAUAUGUUAUUUUACUGUAUCAUAUUUACAUGUUUGAUUUUAGAUCAUAAAUAAUUUUCGGAAGAAAGAGCUAACCUAGUUUCUACAAUUUAUUACAAUCUAACCAGGAAAAUAAAGCAUAUUUGAUAUUUUUUUCACCAAAAUUGGGCUCUCCACCGGAAAUCGCAUUUCACUGCUUUCCUUUUCUCCCUCGCCGUAGAGUGGACUCUCUUUACCGGCUGUCCUAGCUACGGUAGUUUCGGGAUAGUUUUCCUUUUUUCAUUUCUCAUUUAUUUCUUACCUUGUCUCUUUCCUCUUUCUCUCCUUUUGAAAAAAUUCUCUAUCACGUAUUUCCGCUUCUGGUUAUCAAUUGAAUAUCUAUCUUUCCUUUAUUAUCAGUUUCUUUCCUUUUCUCCUGUUUCAACUCUAUAAUUUUGGUCUCUAAUAUGCUGUCUUUUAAAAUCAUCUCCGAGUAUUGCGUACUUAAUUGCACUAAGGUUGGAUCUCUCACAGAUUUGCUCCCCACAAGCUCUCCUUCCCUCCGCCGUGUAUCUCACGUCUCCGGAAACAUGGCUGACAAACUUCAUGUGGCUAUCCGUUCUAUGUCGCUUGAGGAUGACGAUCCGAUCAUUCUCCCCGAUGAACCCAAGUUUCAUCUAUUUGAUGAAAAUGCCCUCAGCAUUAUUGGCCGUCUUCUGAAUCCCGAUGCUCAAAACAUGGCAAGAAUGAUCGACUUUAUGCCUCAAGCAUGGCGUCUGUAUGACAGAGUCAGAGGUAUUGCGCUGUCCAGAGACCGGUUCCAGUUUGUUUUCAAGCGUGAAGAAGAUCUGAUUACUGUCCUAAAGGACAGACCUUGGUCUUACAAUCAUUGGACCAUGAUCUUGGAGCGUUGGACUCCUUCUCCCCCUAGAGACUUCCUAUCCAAGUUUGAGGUUUGGAUCCGAAUCAGAAACAUUCCUAUCAACCACUACACUAUUGAUACCAUGUAUAUGCUGGCGAAAAAAGUGGGGGCAGUGAUUGAGAUCGCUUAUGACCCCAAGAGAUCUCAGAAAACAGAGUAUAUACGAGCUAAGGUCAUGUUCUCCGCAACUGAUCCUGCCUUUGAAGUGAAGAACCUAAACCUUCCUUCGGGGGAUGUUGUGGUGAUUGAAUAUGAAUAUGAAAAAAUUCAUAAGAGGUGCUAUGGUUGUCGUCGUUUGACACAUGAGAAGUCGGCAUGUCCUUAUUCUAAACAACGUCUUCAAAGGCAUGUGCAGAAGCCUUUGGAAAAGAACAAUCAGGAGCAAACUGAUAUAGUUCCUACUACAAACCGCUUAGAAGGUCCCCCGGGUUUCCCUCCUCUGUUUCCUGAGUUACCUCCAGAAGACAGAGCUAUGGCGAUGCAAUAUAUUUCUCAUUCCAAUGAGACGGAGCGCCGUGCACGCAUUCUACGCGUUCAACAAUCUAUUGAGCUGGAGAAGUCUAACCCUCCUCCGGUUUUGACUAAAAUCUCUCAUAAUUUGGAAAAAGAGAAAGGUCAUGUCUUUGGGUAUGGCGUGUCUGAGUCUGCCUCUGGUGAGACGAGGAUGGCGGCUCACGCGUUGACAGCUCCUGCUGGUGAACGUAUUCAUAGCUCCUCUGAGGUACAAUUAUCUGGUGAAAGCAUAAGUCCUGCUUCUGCACCAAAACGUCCGGCAGUCUUUACUAUAGGAGCCUCAGGGUCUUCUCAAACCGGGUCGUCGAGGGGUAGAAGAAAUGGAAGGAACCGGCCUCCAGCUUGGGUAAGACAUAUCAGACCAGCGAAGAAUGCGCAGUCCAAGUCCACACCGGUUCAUGAGCAGUCAGAUGAAGUGGCGCCUUCCUCCAAAAGGAAAGCAGAGGGAGUUCAGAUUGAGAAGGGAAACAAGACAUCUAAAACCAAAGAAGAUACGGUGGCCUCCAUUUUGAGGCCGCUGCCAUCCCAAUGAGCAUUUUGAGUUGGAACUGUCGCGGGGUGGGAAACACCGAGACAGUUCGUCG